GAACCGGAUCUGGUCCCUUGGGUGGUGGUGGUCGUCGUCUUCAUGCUUCUCACUGUCUCUGUCUCGCACCGGGUCUCGACCUCUCCCUUCCCUGCGCUCUUCGUCGCUGGUAGCAGAGGCAACAGAUCCCGGUGGGCUGGUCUUCGUUGUCGUCUUCUUGCUUCGAGCCUUGCCGUCAGCUUCUCCCCCGCCAUUAGCUUCUCGUUCGCUGUCAGCUUCCUUCGUGCAACCCGAUUUGCGGCAAGACAUGGGAUGCUGAGAACCUCAUGGAUGAGCUCUGGUUCCAGCUGAACACACUGAUGGCGACUCCCACAAAAUUAGGUCUUUCUCUUCAUUCACUCCUUUCUUGGCAACUCCAUUGCCUUUCCUCAAGGUAUGCCUCAAUUUCAGAUUCCAGUUUGUGAUUAACAAGAGUUGGGUGCUUUGCUUUAUUCCACUGCCAAAUUCUUGACGCCCUUCUUCAAUGCUACUUUGUCGUUGUUCCUAAUCUCACCCUCAUUCCUCCCAAAUCUAAUCAUCUGGCGGCGGUGGAGUACCAAACCAGGGUUGAGUGAGCCUCACUGUCUCCGGCAUUCAAAAAAAUGCAGAGAUUUUCGAGAAAAACAUUGCUUUUCUUCAAAAAAGUUAAUUUUUCCCAACUUCCCUUGACAAAUUCAUUAACAGUCAUUGGACAUGAAAAUACACUAUCCCAGCUGUUUUCUACUAGUUUUGAGGAGUGUUCACCACCACUCAAUCAUAAGUCCUCAGAAUUUGAUAAUAUCAGCAGUGCCGCGUCAAAAAAUCAUUUUGGCCUUAUUCGCCUUCAAUGUAGUCCAGAAAAGGAUGUAAAUGACCAAAGCUACGAUGAGUUUGCCUCUGAUGUGGAAAAAGUUUAUAGAAUAUUGAGAAAAUACCAUUCUAGGGUUCCCAAAUUGGAGCUUACUUUAAAAGAAUCUGGAAUUGUUGUGAGGCCUGGAUUAACUGAGCGCAUCUUGAAUCGAUGCGGCGAUGCCGGGAAUUUGGCGUAUAGAUUCUAUGCAUGGGCUUCUAAGCAGUCCGAUUAUCAACACAGUCAAGAAGUUUACAAAGCUAUGAUUAAGGUUUUGGGCAAAAUGCGGCAAUUUGGAGCUGUUUGGGCACUAAUUGAUGAAAUGAGGCAAGAGAAUCCUAUGUUAAUUUCUCCACAGAUGUUUGUUAUUCUGAUGAGGAAGUUUGCUUCUGCAAAGAUGGUUCAGAAGGCUAUUGAAGUAUUAGAUGAAAUGCCCAACUACAGAUGUGAGCCUGAUGAAUAUGUUUUCGAGUGUUUGUUGGAUGCAUUGUGCAAGAAUGGUAGCAUUAAGGAAGCCGCUUCGCUUUUUGAGGACAUGAGAUAUCGAUUUCCUCCAACCAUCAAACAUUUCACUUCCUUGUUGUACGGUUGGUGUAGAGAAGGGAAACUUAUGGAAGCAAAACAUGUGUUGGUGCAGAUGAAGGAUGCAGGCAUUGAACCAGAUAUCGUUGUUUAUAACAAUUUGCUUAGUGGUUAUGUUCUAGCUGCGAAAAUGGGGGAUGCUUAUGAUCUUUUGAAGGAGAUGAGAAGGAUAGGUUGUGGACCGAAUGCAACCUCGUACACAAUUUUGAUCCAAUCACUAUGCAAACAUGAAAAAUUGGAGGAGGGAAUGCGGUUAUUUGUUGAGAUGCAGAGAAAUGGCUGUGCUGUGGAUGCUAUAGCCUAUACAACAUUGAUUAGUGGGUUUUGCCAGUGGGGAAAGGUUGAAAGAGGUUAUGAGCUUUUGGAUCGGAUGAUACAACAAGGCCUUGUGCCAAAUCAACUGACUUAUCAUCAUCUCUUGUUGGCCCAUGAAAAGAAGGAAGAACUGGAGGAGUGUAUGGAACUGGUGAAUGAGAUACACAAGAUUGGUUCCACUCCUGACCUUAAUAUCUACAAUACAGUUAUUAGGUUGGCUUGCAAGUUGGGAGAGAUCAAAGAGGGUGUUCGGCUUUGGAAUGAAAUGGAAGCAAGUGGGUUUAGUCCAGGCAUUGACAGCUUUGUCAUAAUGAUUAAUGGCUUUCUUGAGCAAGGUUUUCAGAUUGAAGCUUGUGAACAUUUCAAGGAGAUGGUUGGCAGAGGGCUUUUUACUAGCCCUCAGUAUGGUACAUUGAAGGAGUUGAUGAAUUCCCUUUUAAGAACUCAAAAGCUUGAACUGGCUAAAGAUACUUGGAAUUGUAUCACAUCUACCAAAGGUUGUGAGCUGAAUGUGGGUGCAUGGACAAUUUGGAUUCAUGCACUCUUUUCAAAGGGGCAUGUGAAGGAAGCUUGUUCCUUCUGCAUAGACAUGUUGGAUCAGGGGUUAAUGCCACAGCCGGAUACUUUUGCCAAGCUAAUGCGUGGUCUGCGAAAACUAUAUAACAGACAAUUUGCAGUAGAGAUCACUGAAAAGGUGAGGAAAAUGGCUGCUGAUCAGAAGAUCAGUUUCAAGAUGUACAAGCGGAGAGGAGAGAGGGACUUGAAAGAAAAAGCGAAGGAGAAAAAGGAUGGGAGGAAGAGGAGGGAUAGGCAACGCCAUUGGGGUGGAAGCCGUCAGAAAUCUAACACAUUAUAAAUUUCACUAGUGAAGCUUGACAUACAUCCUAGAGGUUCCCCAAACGAGACACUCAUUUUGGACCAGAAUUUGGUGAAGCAAUUCAAUUGGAUGAAAAUUAAUGAUGUUAUUUGGUUUGAUUCAAGGCAUGAUCGAAGACAUAGGAGAAGCUGCUUCGUUCUUUGAGUGCGAUCUUUUGGAACUGAAGGAAGGAAAAAAGAUGGUCCACAGAUUCCUCCAAGUGACAAGGUGUACGACUAUAUACUAUUCCGUGGGACUGACAUCAAGGAUUUACAGGUUAAAUCUUCUCCACCUGUCCAGCCUACUCCACCAAUAAAUGCUGAUCCAGCUAUUAUUCAGUAUCCUCGCCCAGUCACCACCACAUCUACAAAUAUACCUCCAGUAACUGGAUCUUUGACAGAUUUUAGUUCUCAAAACACACAGCUAGGACUCCGUGGAUCAAAUUAUCAAGGACCAUUACCUUUAUAUCAACCUGGAGGGAACAUAGGAUCAUGGAGAGCUUCUCCAAAUGCCCCAAAUGCAAAUGGUGGUGGACUAGCUAUGCCACCAAUGUAUUGGC